GCACAGUCCCAUUAUUAUUCAGAAAAGCCAACGCAAAAAUCGACGAGCUCUAUAAUUUUUCUCUUCAGAAGUUUGCGCACUUGAAGUUAUGGAAAGCUCCAGCCCGGAAGCACCGCAAAUACAGAAUCAAGAAAAAUCCGUCGAAGAAGUAACAUCAGUAACCGCAGCGGAAACAACGGAUCUGGAACGGGAGCAGCCGGAAGACGAAACCGUAGAGAAAAAAAAUACGACGUCAAUUAAGCGGUGCGAAAAUCUCAGUGUCCGUGCUCUUUUGAAAUCCAUUGGUGAAUGUUAUGUAAAACGCAGCGCUAGAAUGAGAAGCAACAACAUUCAACCAGUUCCCGGGCAGCUGCCGACAAAGUAUUCAUUCCUCAAUGUUAGUGAAAAAGGACCAGACCCAAGCCAGAACCAAGGAAAUAAGCCGAAUUCAACGAAUCCGAUGUUUUUGGGAGCUUAUCCAUCGUUUGGGACCUACAACAUCACAUUGCGCAGUGCUCCAAGGUGUUAUCAAUAUAAAGGUGACAAUUAGUGCAAAUCAAGCGUGUGAUAGAAUAAGGGCGUAAAUAACAUGAUCGGUUUCUCUUCAUCGAUCCUCUCUUCGGCUAAUAAAGGUUAUAAGAUGCAAGUUUGUUGGCAUUUUUUCACCUCAAGAUGCAAGUUUACAUCGUUGCUAAGCGUCCCCAAGUGAAAAUUUGUCAACAAACUUACAUAUUGUCACCUUUGUUUGCG